UUAAACGGUUCAUUGCACAUUGAAACUUUCCACAAAAAAAAAGAGUUGCGAAUGAACGAAAGUAAACUUUGCGUUGUUGCAUAUUUUAAUUUAAAAAUAAAUAUAUCUUUAACAAGUCAAAGUAUUUAGUAAAUUGAUGAUAAUAUGGUGAACUAUGGUUCUGUAUUUUAAGUUUGUUGCAUUGUGGGUUAUAAUUGUUGGUACUCAUGGUAAAAUAAAGCCAGGAAAAAAACCAGUAAAUGAAAACAAUCAAAAGAAAAGUUUGAGUCAGCAUUCUUAUCGACAGCCCUUUAGCGAUAUUAAAGGGUUCGUUAAAGACACGACAAGACGAAUUCACAACAAAAGUAACGAAGAUGUAGAAGCACAUAAAAAAUUAUCAGGAACCAAUGGGCUGCAGUCCAAAAAAUCAGACAUUGAAGCUGCAACUAAAUCCAUAGUGCACGAAACAAAUGAGCGGAAGGACAAAAGAGGUUUCUUAGCGACACUUGCAAACUUAUUAAAUGAUGCUGAAGCAUUGACCAACCAUAGAAAUCAAUUUGAAGGUGGCUUAAGUUCAGUAACUCAUGUUCCUAUUUCUUCAAGUAAUAAACAUUCGUUGGUUGGUGGCAUCAAAAUAGUUGAACCAAUAAAAACUGACAAAAAUGAUGUUAAGCUUUCAAUUACAGAAGAGAAUAAAGAAGAUAACAAAGUUGAGAAACGAGAGGAUCUAAUCACCAAAGCAAUUAGUGAUAUUUUAGAAGCAAAAACAAUACAAAAAGAUGCGCCUGACUUAGUAAAAAACAAAGUCUCAAUAAAAAAUACGGUGGAGAAUAAAGAUAAAAUAGAAAAUGUUAUAAACACCAUAGAAAACAAAGAAAAAACAGAUCAAGUUAUCAAAUUUGAAGAAAAAUCAAAAAAAAGGGCUGACUUUCCGAGCCCUGAAGAUGCACAGAAAGAUAAAAAUGAUUCAGGAAUUGAGUAUGCUCCAAUUUUCGCAAUGUAUCACGGCAAAAUUGUCCCUCUAGGAAAAUUACCUGACACUUCUUUUAAAAAGUCUCAUACAGAAGAAAUAAAAACUGUUAAUAGUCUUACAGUUUCUGAAGACGAUAUGCCAAAAGAUAAACAACUUACAGUUUCUGAAGAUGAUUCACCAAAAGAUAAACAAUUUAUAAGUUCUCCAAAUCAAAUUCAAGUAACCGCUGAACGCCGGUCUUUUUCAUUACCUGAAAAUACUCAUAUUAAUUCCGAAGAAGAAUUUGAAAAUAAAUUUGGAAAGAAAGAUAGACCUUCGAAGCUAUACAGACUUCAACAAUACUUAAAAAACCUUGAUGGUCACAUUCCUUCGGCAAACGAAGUAAAGGAACAGGUUGCAAAAGACGAGGUUAUUUUUCCAGAAGAAAAAACCGAAACAACAAAAAGUGAUAUUUUAAGUCAUAUUAAAGGUCUUGUCCUUGAUGAUGGAAAAAUAGUAACAGUAAAAGGCAACCGCAUUGAACCGAUGGAAAAUACAAAAGAAGAACCGUCUACAUCCCUAGAUUCCCAAAAGUUUUUUGUUUCAGAUGAUGGGAAAUUAAAUCUAGUUAAAUCUAGUAGUAAAACUAGCGAUGUUCAGAGUGCUGACUCAAAAACAUUACACGAAAAAACAACAGAACCAAAAACGGUUGCUUUGAGUUUGGAAGUAUUAAAAGAUUUACUUAAAAAAAGCGAUAAGGUAUCGUUAGCUACUUUAUUAAACAAAGCGCAAGAGCCCAAAACUGAUGAAGACGAUGAUCCAGGAACAAUCGAAGAUUUUGCAGCAGGUGGUUUAAAGUCGCACAACUUAUAUCGCUCUAAACACCAUUCUGAUCCAUUGAUAUGGUCUGACGAAUUAGCGGCUAAAGCACAAAAGCUUGCGGAAUCACUUGCCGAUAAAAAAGCAUUAGAAAUUGCAACUGAUCUUGAAAAAGAAGGUUACGGUGAAAAUGUUGCAAAAGUCUGGGCUACGUUUAAAGAUGCUGGAGAAGCAGCAACCAAAAUGUGGUACACUCAAAGCAAUAACUACAGAUUUGAUGAUCCCCAUUUAGAUGAAAACACUGGACAGUUUGCUCAAGUGGUAUGGAAAUCAACUAAAGAAUUAGGUAUGGGAGUUGCAAAAAGCAUUGACGAUGUAAAUAACAAGUAUGUUUAUGUCACAGCAUUAUAUAGGCCUCCAGGAAACAUUGAACCAACUUUAAGAGACAAUGUUCUUCCGACAGGUAACAACACCGUAGAUGUUUACACUACAUUUUUUAAAAGGAUGGGCGUCAUUGAUGCUCGCGAAGUAUCUCAAAAUAAAACAGCUGCAGUUUAUUCCACAUUUUUUAAAAAAAGCAAGUUGAAUAAUAAUGAUGAAAACUUUAAGCGUUCAAAGUUACAAAAAGAUCCUAUUGUUGUUAAGGACAAUUUAAACGAAAGAGGACAUUUGAUAAAAGAAAAUGAAACCUAAGUAAUAAAAAAAAAAAGAAUACUGAGCAACUUCAACCAAUUUAAAAAUACUCAAGAUCAAGAAAUCUAGCAAAACUAAUAAAAAAUUACUAAUAAUACUACUAUUAUUAUAGGUUGAAAUUCAGUAAUAAAAAAAUAUACUAAUAACAAAAGGAUGAAAGUCAAUAAAAAUUGAAGAAUCAUACUGCAAGGUAAAAAUAAACGGUAACUAAAUCUCCAAUGAUCAAAUUGAAAAAUUACUACAUAAAAAAGUUGAAAAUAGUUGAAAUUUAUGCUCAAAGCGCUAUAAUGAAUUGACUAAGUUUAUUUACAGAGAAAAUUAAUUAAUUACAGAAAAAAUUAAAAUAAAAUAAAAUUUGACUUUUUAUAGACUACUUUGUAAAUUUAUUUUCAUUUCAUUCUUUUUUGUAUAUUAUAUUUUAACGUUUAAAGUAUAUGAAUAAGAUUCGAAAUUAACGGGUUUUCCAAUAAUAUUUUUCUCUCAAGUACUUUUUCAAAUUUUGAGAUUAAAAAAAAGUUUUUUAGUUACACAGUAUCAUAAAUCUAUUACUCAACACAAAAAAACUUGAUGAAUAUUUUGAUUGUUUUUGCAAAUUAUUUAAUUAUGAACGAUCAAAAUAAGUGAAAUUUAUUAUUCAUAUAAAAUGCAUUUAUUUUAGAUUUUUCUAAAUACGCUAUAAAUAGGUUUUAAAAAGUUGCAAAAAAAUCAAAUUCAUUAAGUAAAGUGUAAAAAAAAAAAGUACCAUAUUCACGGUCAAGACUGUUAAAACGACGCCGGUAACUGUUACGAUUGACGGUAAUUGAUACUGAAGACAAAUUUGGUUAUAACACGAGAUUAAAGCACAAUUUACAAUUUAAGCUCAUUUUAGUACAGUGAAAAUCUUGAAAACUUAACGAUAAAAUAUGAUAGCUUCUGAUUAUGUUAAACACUGAUUAGUGAUGGUGAACAUUUAUUUUUAUAUAGCAUUAUUUAUAAGUUUAUAGACUGUAUUACAAUAAUUAUAUAGCAUCAUUUACAUUUUAAUUAUUUUUACUAUACAUGUAUUUUUACUAAAAACUUGAAAGAACUAAAUGAAUUGAAA